GAAAGCGUGGCCCCACCCGUGACGUUUGCAUGCAAUGAACCUUGCAGGGCCCGAUUCUGCCCCAAAGCUAGCCUGUCCUUGCUGGCUGUAGGGUGAGUGGCCUUGUCCCUUUGUCCCGACGCUGCAGGAGGUCCUGGGAGCGGUGAGCAGGGUGCUGCUGGGAGCUGCUGGUAUCGACAGGCCCUGAGCUCCCAGCAUGGCCGCACAGAUGUUUGAGGGCACGCAGCAUGCGGCCGUCUACCUGAAGUACCGCUUUGCCCCCGGCAAGGAGCUGAAGGACACCAUCCUCAACUACCUGCAGGAGAAGGCUCCCAGCUGCACCCAGCUGGCUGUGGAUGUGGGCUGCGGGUCAGGGCAAGGCACGGCCUUCCUGGCGGAGCGCUUCACAAAGGUGGUGGGCACCGACAUCAGCCACGCACAGAUCCAGGAGGCCACGGCUGCCCCCUCUCCUCCCAACAUCUCCUAUCUGGUGUGCCCGGCGGAAGAGCUGCCCUUUGAGGAUGCUUCGGUUGAUUUCCUGGCCUCGUUCACGGCCGCGCACUGGUUUGAUAUUGGGAAGUUCAUGAACGAGGCGAAGCGCGUGCUGCGGCCGGGGGGCUGCGUGGCCAUCAGCACCUAUACCACUGAUAUGAGUCUGCACUACGGGGACUGCUCUGAAAAGCUGACCCAAAUCUUCCGGGAGGCCUGGGACCAGCUCUUAAAAUACUCGCAUAGUAGAGUAAAACACGUCCUGGAAGACUACAAGGAGAUCUUUGAGGCUUUGCCAUUUCCAGACAAGAAGAGAAUCACCAAUAUCUAUGAUAAAAUUCCCAUGACGGUUGCUGGGGUGGCCGGUUACUUAGAGUCUGCCUCUCCAUACCAAGUCUUCAUGAAGAGUGAUCCUGAGGCUGCAAAAACCCUCCUCCCAGGGAUGGAAAAGAGGCUGCUGGAGACGAUGGGAGCUCCCUCACGUGACACCCUGCUGGAGUUCUGGGUGAGGUAUGUCUGCAUCCUGGGGCACAAGGAAGCGUGAGGCAAGCCUCGUCCUGACCUCGUGCUGAAAGAAGUAGGACUCCAAACACCCUGCUCUUCCUUCAGGAGAUCGAUGGUGAUUUCAGUGAUCGAAGCCUUAAUCUUUGUAAGCAGACAUGGGCUUAAUGCAGGGCCACAUCUGUGCCACGCUCCCAGUCUGCCCAGCACCCUCCUGUUGGAGGAACCAUUAGGGUGGUUGUGAUUCUUGCCCCACAUCCAAUCCUAACAGCUGAAUUUCUUUAACAAUAAAAAAAAAGUUGCAAAGUG